UCUUCUCAAGUUUCUUAAUUUAUGUUAUUAUACUUCUCAGUGAUUAACAGAGCGUGUUUUCCUUCCUAUUCAUCCAUAAAAAUUGAAUCAUGUUGGCGCGACCAAUGAAUACAUCUACUUCUCCCUUCGAUCGUAUGGCCGAGUUUGCUUAUGGAGCUGGUCUUGUCAGUCCGAUAGCCGCAAUUCAUCCUGGACUCGUCUAUGAAGUUACUAAAUCCGACCAUAUCACCUUACUUUGUGGCUUGAACUACACGGCUAAGAAUUUAAGACUCAUUUCGGGUGAAAACCGCAGUUGCAGUGAAGAACAGAGCCAAUCAUUAGCAAGAAACCUCAACUACCCUUCUAUGACGGCUAAAGUCCCGGCAACAAAACCAUUCAACCUGACUUUUCGUAGAACAGUCACAAACGUUGGUAUGGCAAAGUCUACUUACAAAGCCCAAGUACUCGGAUCAAAACUCACCAUCACGGUUGUUCCAGAUAUCUUGUCACUUGAGUCUAUCUACCAAAAGAGGUCAUUCACCGUUACGGUUUCAGGCCAAGGUCCCGAAGCUGACAAACUUGCAUCGGCACAUUUGAUAUGGUCUGAUGGAGUUCAUUAUGUUAAAAGCCCUAUCAGGAGAGUCGACAAUUCAAAGUUCACACCUUUAGAGAUGUUAGCAAUUCGCGUCUUCUCGCGAAAAUUCCCAAAUUUCGCUUCGAUUUUCUUCCAAAACACUACUAGAAAUCCGUCAAUUCAUCGAAUAUCAUUCUCGAUUCUAAAACUCAAAACGCUACUUCACCCAAUUCCGCCGAAACCCUUCACUGUCUUUGUGUCUCGGUUCCAUGACGGGAGACCAAGAGGUCCUCUCUGGAGAGGGAAGAAACUGAUCGGAAAAGAAGCCCUUUUCGUGAUUCUGGGUCUCAAGAGAUUGAAAGACGACGACGAGAAGCUGGACAAGUUUAUAAAAACCCAUGUUUUCAGAUUGUUGAAAUUAGACAUGUUAGCUGUUAUCGGUGAGCUUGAACGACAAGAAGAGACUGCGUUAGCCAUCAAGAUGUUUGAGGUAAUCCAGAAGCAGGAAUGGUACCAACCUGAUGUGUUUAUGUACAAGGACCUUAUAGUAUCCUUAGCAAAGAGUAAAAGAAUGGAUGAAGCUAUGGCGUUGUGGGAGAAGAUGAAGAAAGAAAACCUCUUUCCUGAUUCUCAGACUUAUACUGAGGUUAUCAGAGGGUUUCUUAGAGACGGAUGUCCUGCGGAUGCCAUGAAUGUGUAUGAAGACAUGUUGAAAUCCCCAGAUCCGCCGGAAGAGUUGCCGUUUAGGGUUUUGUUGAAGGGGCUUCUGCCGCAUCCGCUUCUUAGAAACAAAGUGAAGAAGGAUUUCGAAGAGUUGUUCCCUGAGAAACAUGCUUAUGAUCCACCAGAAGAGAUAUUUGGUAGAUGUUGAGGUGUGUAUGCACAUAACUCUACUCUUCUAUCUCAGACUUCUCAGUGUUUCUUCAAAUUGUUCUCUUUGAAUAUUGUUUCUCUCCACUUAUGAAGUUUUAGUCUUUUAGCAAUUUAAAGUAGUUAAUCUUAUUGUAGAUCAGUCGUUGUCUUGAAUUGCACAGUGAGGCACGGGAAAUGUUUGCAACUGUUAUUUAUCCUUGACUUGUGUGCAUUGUGCAGGGGAAGUCUAUGUUGAUCAAGAUCCAGAAUGUGUGAUUUUGAAGAAGUAUAAGUAGAUCUGAGCAAGUGGCGAAACGAGCUAUUACAUCACAAGAAAAAAGACUUAGUUAG